AUGGAAGCCGUAGCUGAAGAAUUGUCUCGGUAUCUAGUAGACCGUCUGAAAGACACGCCCCCCGACGGCCGACUUCUGGUGGGCAUCGCAGGCGUACCCGCGUCCGGCAAGUCCACCCUCGCACACCUCAUCGUCGAGCGCGUCAACGCCGCCAUCGCCGCGUCGUCUGGACAUUCUCCUGCCGAUAACGCUAUCGGCGCCGCGCCGUCCGACAAGCCCGUAGCGGUCUUCAUCGGUCUCGACGGCUGGCACCUCACCCGCGCACGGCUCGACGAGUUCCCGGACCCCAAGCUCGCGCACGACCGCCGCGGCGCGCACUGGACGUUCGACGGGGACGGAUACGUCGCAUUCGUGCGCGCGCUCCGGGAGCCAUUAGCCCCGACAGCGGCUUCGAGCGAACGGCCCCAGGUUGUCUAUGCACCGUCCUUCUCGCACGAGAAAAAGGAUCCGGUGUUCGACGCGAUACCGGUAUACCCACAUCACAGGCUGGUGAUCAUCGAGGGCCUGUACACUUUCCUCGCCAUCCCGCCAUGGUCGGCGGCGGCGGAGCUUCUGGACGAGCGGUGGUACGUUGACAUUGCCGAGGACGAGGCCGAGAGGAGAUUAGUCAAGCGACACGUGAAGACCGGUGUAGCCAGGGAUUUGGAGGAGGCAGUGUGGAGGUCUAGGGAGAACGAUGCACCAAACGGACGCUUCUUGCAAGAGAACAUGAUGAAACCAACACGAACUAUACCAAGCAUCGAAGAUCCCCGUCUAGAUCCUGGACAGUGGCGGACUCAAGGUGCAGGGGAUGAGUGAUGACAUUGGACGAACGAGGACAGAAGGGGUAUGCCCUGGAUGGUAACUGUAGGAGUUGCACAGAAGACGGUGAUGAGUUGAUUGUACGAUAUGUUGCAACAGAGAGCGCAGAGAGCGAUAUGGAUACAGG